CCUGAGCUGCAGCUAUAAGGAUCCUGCACAGGUGUGCUGGAGACACGAGCAAGCCGCAGGCGACGGGAGAGAAAACACAGCAACCACCAUGGGAAACUGGAUUAUCAACAAUGGAUUCACAUCAUUUAUGUUGGUGGUCUGGAUGGGCAUCAACAUCUUCCUUUUUGUCUGGUUUUACUUGUUCUAUGAUCUGGGGGAUCAGUUCUUCUACACCCGUCAUCUGUUAGGAUCGGCUCUGGCCUGGGCCCGAGCUCCCGCCGCUGUCCUCAACUUCAACUGCCUGCUGAUUCUGCUGCCAGUGUGCAGGAACCUGCUGUCUCUGAUCCGAGGCAACUUCGUGUGUUGCAGCAGAACAAUGAGGAAGCAAAUGGACAAAAAUCUGAGCUUUCACAAGCUGGUGGCUUACAUGAUCGCCCUGAUGACAGCCGUUCAUAUGAUCGCCCACUUGCUGAACGUGGAGUGGUACAACAACAGCAGGCAGGGCGUCUACGACGAACUGAGCACGGCCCUGUCCAACCUGGCGGACACCGACAACACCACCUACCUGAACCCCAUCCGCACAACCGACCUCGACCCGCAGCAGAUCCCCACAUACUUCGUCUUCACCACCAUCGCCGGCCUGACGGGCGUCAUCAUCACCCUGGCCCUCAUCCUCAUCAUCACCUCCUCUAUGGAGGUCAUCAGGCGCAGCUACUUCGAGGUCUUCUGGUACACUCAUCACCUCUUCAUCAUCUUCUUCGCUGGCCUCGUCUUUCACGGAGCCGGACGCAUCGUGAGGAGUCAAACGACAACGGAUCCGCCGCACAACGCCACCUUCUGUAAGGACCGCAUUCAGGACUGGGGACGUAUUCCUCAGUGUCCCGUCCCUCAGUUCGCUGGCGGUUUCCCACAGACCUGGAUGUGGGUCAUCGGUCCGAUGAUUCUCUACAUCUGUGAGCGUCUGCUGCGUCUCAUUCGUUACAUGCAACACGUAACCUACAGGAAGAUCGUGAUGCGGCCGUCCAAAGUGUUGGAGCUGCAGCUGGUGAAGUCCGGCUUCAAAAUGGAGGUGGGGCAGUACGUCUUCCUGAACUGCCCGUCCAUCUCGCAGCUGGAGUGGCACCCGUUCACCAUGACCUCUGCCCCCGAGGAGGACUUCUUCAGCGUCCACAUCCGCUCGGCCGGGGACUGGACCGACAAGCUCAUCGACAUCAUGAAGAACCUGCCAGAGGGAGCGCAGGGCCCCAAGAUGGGUGUGGACGGGCCUUUUGGCACCGCCAGCGAGGACGUGUUCGAUUACGAGGUCGGCAUGCUGGUCGGAGCCGGUAUCGGGGUCACGCCUUUCGCCUCCAUCCUCAAGUCCAUCUGGUACAAGUUCAAAGACUCCAACCCUAAACUACGCACCAGAAAGAUCUACUUCUACUGGCUCUGCCGUGAAACCUACGCCUUCGAGUGGUUCGUCGAUCUCCUCCAGGGGCUGGAGAGAGAGAUGGAGGAGCGAGGACUGGGGGAUUUCCUCACCUACAAGCUUUUCCUUACCGGCUGGGAUCAAAAUUUCGUGCCUUACGUUGGGACUCACAAUGACGAGGACACGGACGUGAUCACCGGGCUCAAACAGAAAACUCAAUACGGGAGACCCAUGUGGGACAAGGAGUUCGAACAAGUCCGCAAAGAGAACCCCACGUCUGUGGUGGGAACCUUCCUCUGCGGACCUGCGGCUCUGGCGACAGUCCUGGAGAAGAAAUGUGCCAAGUACUCAGACAUGGAUCCUCGUAAGACCAAGUUUUACUUCAACAAGGAGAACUUCUGAGCAGAGUCGAUACGAAGGCACCGUUUACCGUUUUUUGAAGGAUGGCUGUUUCUAUGACUUUACUGCGCCUCUUCUGAAAAGAGAAAUGGCUUGUUUCUUUAUCAGCACUGCUCAGGGACAAACCAACACGGAACCAUGAAUCAUACCAGCUUUACCCUUUGACCAUUCAUUAACUCAGACUUUACCGUUACUGCUGUUCUGUUCUUUUCCGUGUAAUAACAGGGUUUCUGUAUGUCAAUGUUGCUUUUUGCACAUAUUUUAAAUGAAGUACAACUGCACUUAAAUGCACUUCCAUUUGGAAGACUUUUUUAUACAAUUAGUUACUAUUAAAAUAUUAAAUAUCGACUUUAUAUCUUAGUCUUUUUAUUCAACUACUCAUCCAAAAUAUACUCCGAAGAGAUCAAAUCAUGUAUAUUUGUUUUUUCUGUCUUCAGAAAUGACAAAAACUUACUAUGGAAAUUCUGGAAAAACGAGAACAAACGAUAUGUAAAUAAUGUACAAAGCUUGUGAGUGCAAUGCUACUACUGAACUGGAGAACGUUGGAACAAGACGAUGCAAACCUGGUUUUACGGGAUGACUAAACGCCUUUCUUGGAAGGACACAAUUAGUCAUUCUAACCUGUCGAGCUCUCGAGUAUUUCCUUAUUGGAGUGAUAAAGGAAGACCUGCGGUCACGUAGGCUGCGAUGAGUCACCCUGUGGAUACGUGACAAAGGCUAUUUUAUUUCCAAAGUUACUGUACCUGUUUUACUUGUGUCUAAUCUGGAACUGUUAAAUAAACGAAUGAUAAAUGGA